GCGGGCGCACGGCGCGGCAGCACGGAGGCCGCGGCAGCAGAGAGCAUGAACAGGAUCCGCAUUCACGUGUUACCGACCAGCCGGGGCCGCCUGACCCCGGUGCCGCGGCCUCAGGAGCCCCUGGCCUGCUCCUUCAGCCACCGGCCCUGCUCGCAGCCCCGCCUGGAGGGGCAGGAAUUCUGCAUCAAGCACAUCCUCGAGGACAGGAAUGCUCCCUUCAAACAGUGCAGCUACGUGUCCACCAAGAACGGGAAGCGUUGUCCCAAUGCUGCUCCCAAACCUGAGAAGAAGGAUGGCACCUCGUUCUGCGCGGAGCACGCCCGGCGCAACGCGCUGGCACUGCAGGCUCAGGUGAAGAAAUCCAACCCCGGGCCCGUGGGUGAGACCCUGCUGUGCCAGCUGAGCUCCUAUGCCCGGGCAGAGCUGGGCAGCCAGAGCGCCGAGAGCAGCCGCAGCGAGGCCAGCCGCAUCCUGGACGAGGACAGCUGGAGUGACUGUGAGCAGGACCCUGUCACUGUGGAGCAGACGUGGCGUGGGGACCCUGACAGUGAAGCUGACAGCAUUGACAGCGACCAGGAGGAUCCCCUCAAGCAUGCUGGUGUGUACACAGCCGAGGAGGUGGCUCUGAUCAUGAGGGAGAAGCUGAUCCGCCUCCAGUCCCUCUACAUUGACCAGUUCAAGCGGCUCCAGCACCUCCUGAAGGAGAAGAAACGACGGUUCCUGCACAGCAGGAAGGGAGAGCACGAGGCCAUCGGCAGCAGCCUCCUGACAGGCCCAGAGGGGCUGAUGGCCAAGGAGAGGGAGAACCUGAAGAGGCUCAAGUGCCUGCGGCGCUACCGGCAGCGCUACGGGGUGGAGGCUCUGCUGCACCGGCAGCUCCGCGAGCGCCGCGUCCUGGCCACCGACGGCGCGGCCCAGCAGGCUCACACCACCCGCUCCAGCCAGCGCUGCUUGGCCUUUGUGGACGAUGUCAGAUGCUCCAACCCCUCCCUGCCACUGACCAGGCACUGCCUCACACAUAUCUGCCAGGACACCAACCAGAGCCUUUUCAAGCCUUGCCAGGGCUCUGAGGAGGUUCCCUGCAACAAGCCCGUGCCCGUCAGCCUGUCGGAGGAGCCCUGCUGCCCGCUGCACCUGCGGCUGCCCCCCCAGAUGUACGUGCCCGAGCAGGGGCUGGCAGUGCCCCAGGAGCUGGGGGCAGCGCCCUCGGAGCUGUACCUGAGUGCAGCCGAGCUGCAGCCCACCGAGAGCCUGCCCCUGGAGUUCAGUGAUGACCUGGACGUGGUGGGUGAUGGGAUGCAGUGCCCACCUUCCCCUCUGCUCUUCGACCCUUCUGUGAGCCUGGAUCCAGCCCUGAGGGACAUGGCUGAGGCUCCCAUCGACAUCCUGGCCCUGGAGGAGCCUGACAGGGGCAGCUCCUGCUCCCCGCUCAUCCCUGCAGCCCAGGGGCCUGCCCAGCCCCAGCAGCAGCAGCCACAGGGAACGGCCUCGAGCAGCCCAGCCCGAGGAGCCAACGGGAGCCUGGAGCCAGGAGCUGUGGGCUGAGCCUGCUGUGGGACCCUCAGCGUGGGACCUGGAGGGGCUGCAGAGCCUCCAGGAGGAGCUGCAGCUCCAGCUCUGCUGAUUCUGCAGCCACAGAAACCCCAAAAACCCCAGGAUGGGGCUGCAGACCCUCCUGUUCUCCAUGGGGAUGGAGCAACCAGGGGAGGGAAAUCACCAAAUUCUGGGGGACACCUGGGGUGUCAGCAUGGGAUUUAGGGGGGGCUGGAGAGCUGCUGCAGUGCCAGGAGGAGCUGCAGCUCCAGUUCUGCUGAUUCUGCAGCCACAGAAAGCCCAAAAACCCCAUCCAGACCUUCCUGUCCUCCGUGGGGAUGGAGCGGCCACGGGAGGGAAAUCACCAAAUUCUGGGGGACAGAAAUCACCAAAUUCUGGGGGACCCUCACCGUGGGACUUAGGGGUCCUUGAGUCCUUCUCCAGUGCCAGGAGGAGCUGCAGCUCCAGCUCUGCUGAUUCUGCAGCCACAGAAACCCCAAAAACCCCAGGAUGGGGCUGCAGACCCUCCUGUUCUCCAUGGGGAUGGAGCGGCCACGGGAGGGAAAUCACCAAAUUCUGGGUGACAGAAAUGCCCAAAUUCUGGGGGACAGAAAUCACCAAAUUCUGGGGGACCCUCACCGUGGGACUUAGGGGUCCUUGAGUCCUUCUCCAGUGCCAGGAUGAGCUGCUCUGCUGAUUCCUGCAGUCACAGAAACCCCA